UGCUUGCUGGGCAAAUAUCCACGAUAUACCACGGGUUCUCGUUCCAUAACGCUUAAAUAAAAUGACUGGGUCAUAUCGUUAUUAGAGCAACGUCGAUUGCAACCGAACCAUCACUAUCAGGCGUUUUUUAUUAUUUUAUUUUUUAUCACAGACACUUAGAAACACACAGUAAGCCUACAGCUAUGAGUGGUAAAAAGAAGGUACCACGUAUAGAUUACAAUCAACAUUUUGACAGCAGGGCAUACUUAAAGUUCUUUGAAGUCGAGCCGAGUAUGCAUGGAUGCUUGCCUUUCAUACUACGCCACCUGAAUAAUACAUUUUCAUCAGGAAACCUCAAGGGCAAAAAGCUGAUUGACCUGGGGAGUGGACCUACAGUCCAUAUCAUAAUAAGUGCAAGCAAAUACUUUGAAGAAAUAGUGGCGUCCGAUUUGACUAGCGGGAGUCGCAGAGAGAUCGAGAAGUGGCUUAAAAAGGAGGAAGACUGUUUUAACUGGCGUCCCUUCAUCGAGUUCGUCUGUGAAAUGGAAGGCAGAAGCAGGUCACCAGAAGAGGUGGAACAGAGGCUUAGGCAGAUUGUGCAGGUGUUGAAAUGCGACGUUACACUGGAGAACCCUUUCCACCCUCUGCCGAUGGAACCGGCAGACUGCAUAACGUGUAGUCUUUGUCUUGAGGGAGCCUGCGAGGAUGAGGAAGAAUACGACCGUGCUAUCGGAAGUAUAGCCGCACUCCUCAAACCUGGCAGUUCGCUGGUGCUCACUGAUACUCUAAAUCAGUCAUACGCCGUAAUGGGGCCGCAGAGAUUCGAUUGUCUGGUUCUUACCCAGAGCCUGGUUGAGGAAACGUUAAAGGGCCAUGGCUUCUCCAUUAAGGAGUUCGACACCCAGCCUGCAACAGAAUUAGAAAAAAACUACACUGAUGGUGACUCCUUUUUUUAUCUGGUUGCUCAGAAAACAGAGUAGGACUUAAUUGCAUCAAGGAUUUAGUUUUCCUAUGCACAGGCAUCUGUGAACUUAUGGUAAAUGCUUGAGGAUAAAAUUAUACAAAGACACAUUUGCGACUUUCACUUUCACAUUUUCAAAUCUAUAAAAAAAAUGAAUUGUGUGUGAUAUAUUUUUAAAAGGGUGACUCAUGCUCUCUUUAUAUGGGUGGGUCAAGGGAUGAAAUAUGUAGGGUAGCUUGUAGCAUAUUGGCUAAGGUACAUGAGUGGGACCUGGAAGGUUGGUGGUUCAAGCCCUGUUGCAGCCACAAUAAGAUCUACACAGCUGUUGGGCCCUUGAGCAAGGCCCUUAACCCCACAUUGCUCCAGGGGGGAUUGUUUCCUGCUUAGUCUAAACUGUAUGUCACUUUGGAUUCAAGGCGUGAGCUAAAUAACAUGUAAUGUAACAUUGAAAAUGUAAACAUAUUAUUAAAAGUUUCAGCAUCCA